AUGACCGACACUCUUGCGCUUCGUGGGACCUUGAAAGGUCAUGCUGACUGGGUAACUGCUAUUGCAACCACAUCAGAGAAUCCCGAUAUGAUCUUGUCUGCUUCUCGCGAUAAAACAAUUAUUGUCUGGCAGUUAACCCGUGAUGAAACCAACUACGGUGUCCCACGCAAAGCACUCACCGGCCACAACCAUUUCGUCCAGGAUGUCGUGAUUUCAUCCGACGGCCAGUUUGCCCUUUCUGCUUCUUGGGAUAAGACUCUUCGGCUCUGGGAUCUCAAUAGCGGUACCACUACUCGUCGUUUCGUCGGUCAUGAGAAGGAUGUCCUUUCGGUUUCAUUCUCGCCGGAUAAUAGGCAAAUUGUUAGUGGGAGUAGAGAUAAGACAAUUAAAUUAUGGAAUACAUUGGGUGAAUGUAAAUUUAAUAUCCAAGAAGAUGGCCAUCGCGAAUGGGUUUCGUGUGUGCGGUUUAGUCCUAAUCCGUCAAAUCCUGUCAUUGUCAGUUGUGGCUGGGAUAAGUAUGUUAAGGUCUGGGAACUAAGCAAAUGCAGGCUCCGCACUAAUCACACAGGCCACACAGGUUACAUUAACACAGUAACAAUCUCUCCAGAUGGAUCUCUUUGUGCAUCUGGUGGUAAAGACGGCAUCACAAUGCUUUGGGAUCUCAAUGAGAGCAAACAUUUAUAUUCUCUCGAAGCAGGGGAUAUCAUUAAUGCCCUCGUUUUCUCCCCCAACCGCUACUGGCUAUGUGCUGCUACCGCUAGUUUCAUCAAGAUCUGGGAUCUAGAGACUAAGACUGUUGUCGAUGAAUUGAAGCCUGAAUUUUUGGGUACUGGGCGGUUGAAUAGCGAUCCAGAGUGUAUUAGUUUAGCAUGGAGUCCGGAUGGAACUACCUUGUUCGCUGGAUAUACUGACAAUGAUAUCCGUGUCUGGCAG